CAGUUUAUAUAUAGACUGCGUAUCGUCUGGUGGUUCGAUAAUUCAGUAACACUGAGCAUUUAUAUCUUUUUCAUUUUACUGUUUGGACAUAACAUUUAACAGAAUGUCGGAGCAAAGAGCAACAAAAUCAGGAUUAGCCGCUGAAGCACACGCAAAGGUUAACGCCAAAUAUGAUGAAGAUCUUGCUCGUCAGGCUUUAACCUGGGUGAACAGCAGGAUCACGGCCACUGGUCAUGAACCAAUCACCACGGAUGGUUCUCGAGAAAAUUUUCACAAAACAUUAGAAGAUGGUACCGUUCUUUGUUGCUUGAUCUCGGCUAUUGAUCCGGCACAUCCUGUAAAAAUAGCAAAAAAGCCUACGAUGGCGUUUAAGAAGAUGGAAUGUAUUGGUCAGUUCUUAAACGCUAUCGAUAGAUAUGGUGUGACAAAAGCAGAAACAUUUCAAACAGUUGAUCUGUACGAGAAACAAAACUUGGCACAAGUUGUAACGACUCUACAUGCAUUAGGACGAAAGGUAAAUACUAAAGAUGGUCAUGGAGGGAUAGGACCGAAGGAGGCCGAACGUCAUUCACGUGAGUGGACGGAGGAACAACUGAAAGCAGGUCAGGGUGUGAUUGGUUUGCAGAUGGGAACCAAUAAAGGGGCAUCACAAGCCGGGCAGAGUUUCGGCAAACAGAGAAUGAUCGUUGACUAGAUAUUACAUUCUAUCAAUACGCUUGAAAUGGCAUAAUAAUAUAAUUCGUCAUAAGCUUUGUUAUUUUAACAUGUUGUUAAUGGAUAUUAUCCGCCUAUAAGUUGAUGGGCUGUAAUAAGUGAUAUAAAUAGGUGUGUAAUCAUUGAUCGACCAGUGACAUCGCAGUACACCCAAUUUAUUUAUUUUGUCUGCAAAAUAGCAUGUUAAUAUCAAUUCAUUAGGUACAUGUAAAAAUGACACUUUUUACAGAUAGAUCAUGUGAUAUUUUACAAAAUACUAGCCUUAUUUUUCACACGGUUAUGCCAUCAAUGAUAUCUUGCAUUUACUUGUGUAUAUUUCGUUAUCGUUUUUUUUUUUCAUUCUCAUAUUCUUACAUACACAGAUUGAAUCUCUGAAGUUCACAUUUUGAUAUAGGUUGAUGGGACCAAAUUUAUUACGCAUUUUACGUAACAGACCAAUUGAAAAAAUAUUUUAAAAAGCCAAAAAGUGCACUUUACAACAAUUUAAUGACUGAUGUGUUUGAUAAAUAUUUGUUGAAAGUGAGAUGAAAAUCCAGUAUGUGUAUUUUAAAAUUGGAAUUUAAAUACAGUUGUGUUUAACUGUUAAAAGACGUUAAGACAUGUAAAAUGUUAUGCAAUUCUACGUUUAACAAUAAAAUGUAUCUACAUUU